AAUAGAAACGAAAUCGUCGUUUGCCCGUUUUGGUGAAUUGGUUUGGGUUUUUUAGGGAAAAAGUGGUGCUCGACUCGUUUAUUGGUAUUCUCCUUAUCUUAUUUACUUUGGAUGUUAAUUAAUAUUGAUAGAGAGACAAGAGAUAAAUCAAAAUCAGAUAGAUAAAUGAGUUGUUUGGGAGAUUGUUUGGACUUGGGUCCACCCCCAGACACAAUUCUAUUUUUACCACCACCGCCGAUUCCAUCAUUUCUUCAACCGAACAUACCGGAUUUGAUAACGAAUGGAACUCCGUGCUCGUCACCGCAACUUUGCGAGAAUUGGCUUCCGCCCAACAAAGUUCAAUCGGAAAGCGACUACAUCGAACUUCAUCGCAAAGAAAUAGAAAGUUGGUCCGUUUCUGGAAUCGACGACACAUGGCUUUUAGUUCUUGUUGCUUCUUCAAUUGGUGUUUUAUUACUUGGAGCUUUGUUGGCAAUGUUUUUAUUAAAAUGCAGAGAAAUGAACAUGUUUGGGCAUAACGAAUGUUCAGUUCACGUUCGGGAUGUUCAUCGUCCAAUAAAACCUCAUGAACCGCGCGAUUGCAGCUCAAUGAACACCAUGGUCGCAACUAAUAAACUUCUCCAUCCAUCUGAAACCGUUUUAUAUCAUCCGACCGCCCAUAAUUUAAACCCAACCGAUAAUCGCAUGGUUUGGGCUGCUUUAACACCUCGAGGAACGCAACAUUUCAUCUCGGAAACGUUCCCCAGGGAUCUUGUCGAUUACGUUGAAGCCGAUGAUCAUUACGAGACGAUUGAAAAUGUUAACAUCAAACCAACAUCAACGGUCAAUCAACUUAAUCAUCACCAAAUUAUUCAAACUGAAAUACCUGACGAUUAUCAAACUUAUACAAUGACCUUAAAAGCAAAUAAAGGAGGGACUUUUGAAAAUAACGGUUUUGUUGAUUACGAUUAUGAAGAUCCAACUCCGUUGAUUGAAAGUUAUCAAUUAGACGAUAUGGAGCAUCAAUAUGCCGUUUUGGGGGGAAACACCGAUAUGAGAUGUUCGAGUUUGGGGCUAGGAUUAGGAGGAUUAAGUGGCGGGAAUAGUUUAAGGAGGGGAUUCAGUUUGAGACCGGAAGUAUCAUCACCCACGAGGAUUGAAAAUCCAAAUUUACCACCACUGAAUUUAUAUCCGCACAAUAAGAGUAAUUCGAAUACUUUUAGAAGGAACACCACGAUGACUACCUAUCGACCACAAGAUGUCGCUUUUACUCAUAAAUAUGGAUGUUAAUGGAGUGGGUAAAAAAGGUUUCUUUAAUAAUAGGAAAAGUGAUUUUUUUUAAUCAUUUCUAUAAAAUGUGUUAAUUUUAAUAAUGA